GUCCCGACUGGUUUCUUGUCAUCAGUCAGGCCCAUUUAGUUCUUGCAGUAGCAUUUACUCAAUGUAACAUCUCAACUUGACCACAAGAUCUGCAGCAAAAGAGUAUACAUCUUUAACUACCACAAGUUCACACGAAAAUGACUCCCCUGCUCCAACUUUGCUCUAAAAUUUGAUGUUUGGCUCCUAUUUUACCCAAUAAUGUCAACCUUAUCUUCCACAUUCCUACAAGCCUCACAUCCAACAUUACACCACAAGCCUUAUACUUCUCCAACUUCAUCAAUCCGAUGCUGCAGCUGCGACCAAACAAGCCAUGUCCACGUUGACAAGAACAAUGUCGUUGAGAAUUCAAGUACUAUUAGGCCGCCUCGGCCGCGUAGGAUCAUUUUAGUUAGACAUGGACAGAGCGAGGGGAAUGUCGAUGAGGGCGCUUACACCAGGGUGGCUGAUCCUAACAUUGCACUCACUGAGAAAGGAUUGAAAGAGGCUGCAGAGUGCGGACAUGUCAUCAAGGAGAUGAUCAAGAAAGACGGGGCGGAUGAUUGGAAAGUGUACUUCUAUGUGUCUCCCUACAGGAGAGCACGAGAAACACUACGGAAUGUUGGCAAGGCUUUUGGAAGAUCAAGGAUAGUUGGGCUCAGAGAGGAGCCUCGUCUGCGAGAGCAGGAUUUUGGAAACUUUCAGGACAGAGAACAAAUGAAAAUUCAGAAAGCUGCUAGGCAUCUCUAUGGACGUUUCUUCUAUCGAUUUCCCAAUGGAGAAUCAGCAGCAGAUGUUUACGACAGAAUAACAGGAUUCAGGGAAACGCUGAAGAGUGACAUUGACGUGGGACGCUUUCAGCCACCUGGUGAACAGAGUCCAAACAUGAACCUGGUAAUAGUAUCACACGGUUUAACAUUGAGAGUAUUCUUAAUGAGGUGGUACAAAUGGACGGUGAAGCAAUUCGAAGGACUAAAUAACAUGAACAAUGGAAGCGUAAUGGUGAUGGAGAGAGGUCAUGGUGGAAGGUACAGUUUAUUAAUGCAUCACACAAAAGAACAACUACGGGAGUUUGGCUUGACAGAAGAAAUGUUAACUGACCAGGAAUGGCAGAAAAUAGCAAAACCAGGUGAGUUGAAUUAUGAUAGCUUAACAACAGGACCAUCUUUCUUCACACACUUUGAGGAGGAAGAAAACGUAUCCCAGUCGGUGAACGUGAAGGCUGAUGGAUAAUGAGCACAUCCUGAGAUACCAGAAUGUUGUUGGUCACUUGAAACCGAUAUCAUGUUUUUGGAUCGUCAAGCUACUUGAGUUGCCAUGUAAAUUAGUAUGAAAGAGCAAUCGAAAUAUAAAUAGUAUUCAAAACCUUUUUCCCCCAAUUAGGCUUCUGAGAAUGGGAACAUCUCUUUACCUGUCACGUGAUAAAGGGCCUCAAAUUCUACAAUCUCCUGGUGAAGAACAAUACUAAAGUAUAUAAAGGUAAAAGAUCUGCGAAGAAUGUUGUAACAAGACAUGGGGAAGUGCCUGUCAGUCCGAGAAACUCAGUACCAAUUUACAAAGAUUGCAUAGCUGAAGCUCAUGACAGAAAAACUGGUCGACUUGGUACUCCGACAAGCAAAAGAUAUAAGUAUAUAACAACCAAAACAAUGCCUGAUAAUAGCGCGACAGGUGAUUGUAAGUUGUACCAGACUUUUUACAAUGUGUGUGAUUCAAAUGCUUUUAUCUGAAGUGAAAUCCCUCAUGCAUCUCCUUGAUGUCA